AUGACGAUCGAAGUUGGCUCCACGAUCCCCUCCGGCACGUUCGCCUUCGUUGACAACGUGGAUGACGAUCCCUCCAUCUGCGGCAAGCCCCAGCAGCUCAAGACCGACGAGUGGAAGGGCAAGAAGAUCGUUCUCUUCGGCGUUCCCGGAGGUCAGUCUCGAUCUGACGAUAGACUCUUUGAGACUGUAAACUGACGAACAUUACGACUUGUUCAUCGCCGCCACUUCAGCCUUCACGCCGACCUGCUCUGGUGCGUAGAUGACCCACUCUCGUCUCGUAUCGGCGUCACCCUGCCCGUAACCACUGUAACCACCGUAACCACUGUAACCACCGUAACCACUGUAACCACUGUACUGACAUUCAUCGCCUGUAUCCCAACAGAGGCUCACCUUCCCGGUUAUCUCGAGGGCUUUGAGAAGCUGCAGUCCAAGGGUGUGUACGCCCUGCAGCACGUUUAUCGCUGCACCCGCGGCAGUCCGAUUCCACGUGGAAAGCCCCCCUCUCCGCCCGACCUCGCUGACAAAUUGCGUUCGCUUUCCCCACUCAUCGACGACACGGCCCCAAUUUGACCCCUGUCUGCACCGCCUUCGCACACCUACCCUGCUUUAUUGUGGUAACGUUGCGCAGGUGUUGACGCCGUCUACUGCAUCGCCUCGAACGACGUCUUUGUCGGUAAGCCUGUUUUCGCCCCCUCUCUCUGCCUGUCCCGGCUGACCGAAAUGGUCGCUUCCCUCGUUUGCCAACCCCAGUCUCGGCCUGGCAACGCGCUCUCAAGGCCGGCAACAAGUUGACCUGCAUCUCGGACGCCACCCUCACUUGGCUCGAGGCGGCCGGCUUGGUCCAAGACUUGUCCCAUGUCGGCUUCGGCAAGCGAUCCAAGCGCUUCGCGGCGAUCAUCAAUGACCUCAAGGUAAGACUUGCUACUCUCGGCGGUUCAUUAGAUGGCGCAGCUUCGCUUAUCCGAAUGUUUUUGUUCUUUAGGUCGAGUACAUCGGUAUUGAGGAGGGCGGAGGAGUCACCGUCUCCGGUGCCGAGGCCGUUUUGGCCAAGCUCUAA